CAAGUUAUUAAGAAUCAUCUCCAUACUCUCUCACAUAAAGAGAGACUUCGCCGCCUCUCACUCCCCAGCCUCGCUCUAGCCCUCCUAAAACCCUGCUGCCGACGUCUACCAUCUCUCCGCACAGAGAUAUAUAUUUAUAUAAUCGUUACACAGUUGCAGAAUAGGGGGUGACAAUGGCUGGAAAGUCGAAUAAAGGGAAGAACCGUAGAGGGGCGAUCAAUCCUGUGGUCCCAUCUGAUGCUCCUGUGAAAGAUAACUCAAGCGCUUCAGAGCCCGUUAAAGCUGAAGACAAUGGUGUUCCAGCUGUGGAGGAAUUAACUGAUGCCAGUCUGGUGGUAAAGGAGUCUGAAACCGAAAGUUCAACCAGCCAACCUAAGCAAGGUGACCUUCAUCUGUAUCCAGUUUCUGUCAAGACACAAAGUGCUGAGAAGCUUGAGCUACAAUUGAACCCAGGAGACUCUGUUAUGGAUAUAAGACAAUUUCUGCUUGAUGCGCCAGAGACAUGUUUCUUCACAUGUUAUGACUUAUUGCUACACACAAAGGAUGGCUCCACUCAUCAUUUGGAAGACUUUAAUGAAAUUUCCGAAGUUGCUGAUAUUACCGUUGGUGGUUGCUCCUUGGAGAUGGUUCCUGCUUUAUACGAUGAUAGAUCUAUAAGGGCUCAUGUUCAUCGUACGAGAGAAUUGCUUUCCCUUUCUACACUUCAUGCAUCACUAUCAACGUCACUUGCAUUACAGUAUGAGACAGCACAAAACAAAGUGGCGAGCCCUGGAGAUACUGUGAAAACUGAGGUCCCAGGGCUUGAUGGUUUGGGUUUUAUGGAGGAUGUUGCUGGUUCAUUGAGCAAUUUGCUAUCUUCACCCUCAAAAGAGAUAAAAUGUGUGGAGAGUAUUGUGUUUUCAUCCUUCAAUCCUCCGCCAAGCUAUAGAAGGCUUGUUGGGGAUUUGAUUUAUUUGGAUAUAGUAACAUUGGAGGGCAAUAAACACUGUAUUACUGGGACUACAAAAAUGUUCUAUGUCAAUUCGAGCAUGGGGAACACUCUUGACCCUAAGCCAAGUAAAAGUAAUUGGGAAGCAACCACACUUGUUGGACUUUUGCAAAAUGUUAGCUCUAAGUUCAAAAAAGCUUUUCGUGAAAUUUUGGAGCGGAGGGCAUCUGCACAUCCUUUUGAAAAUGUUCAGUCUUUGUUGCCACCAAAUUCAUGGCUAGGGUUAUAUCCAGUUCCAGAUCACAAGCGUGAUGCAGCUAGAGCAGAGGAUGCCCUUACUCUUUCGUACGGCAGUGAGCUAAUUGGCAUGCAAAGGGAUUGGAAUGAGGAGUUGCAAUCUUGUAGGGAAUUUCCACAUACAACUCCUCAGGAAAGAAUUUUGCGGGAUAGGGCUCUAUACAAAGUGACUUCAGACUUUGUUGAUGCAGCUAUUAGUGGUGCUAUUGGAGUUAUUAGUAGAUGCAUACCUCCUAUAAACCCAACUGAUCCAGAGUGCUUCCACAUGUAUGUUCACAAUAAUAUAUUCUUCAGUUUUGCGGUUGAUGCGGACCUUGAGCAGCUGUCUAAGAAACGUGCGUCAGAUUCAAGUCCAAAGAUAGGGGGCACUGCUUCUGUACACAGUUCUUCUGAGAAGGCUACUGACAAUUUGUUGCAUGGAGAGAGUGCAAUUCCCAAUAGAGAAAAAUGCAAAGGAUCAAGUACAAUCGAUGAUGCCACAGAAUCCUCCCCUGAUGUUUCUGCCGAGACGCAAUUGGGUGAAACCGAGCAGGCUACUUAUGCUUCUGCAAAUAAUGAUUUGAAAGGCACCAAGGCGUACCAGGAAGCUGAUGUCUCUGGACUUUAUAAUCUUGCUAUGGCCAUAAUCGAUUACAGGGGGCAUAGAGUAGUAGCUCAGAGUGUUUUACCGGGCAUUCUUCAAGGGGAUAAAUCAGACUCUCUUCUAUAUGGUUCUGUUGAUAAUGGCAAGAAAAUAUGCUGGAAUGAAGAGUUCCAUUCCAAGGUGCUGGAAGCUGCUAAGCGCCUUCAUCUUAAAGAGCACACAGUCCUUGAUGGAUCUGGAAAUGAUUUCAGAUUGGCUGCACCGGUGGAAUGCAAGGGUAUUGUUGGUAGUGAUGACAGGCAUUAUCUCCUCGACUUGAUGAGAGUGACUCCUCGUGAUUCAAACUGCACUGGACCUGGGUCCAGAUUUUGUAUCUUGAGGCUGGAAUUAAUUACUGCCUAUUGCCAGGCCCAAGCUGCAGAGAAAUCAAAAUCUAAGUCUAAAGAUGGAGAAGGUCCUGUCACCACUGAUUCUUCAGUCAUCACUGAUGCUAAGCAGGCCAUAACGGAAGAAGGGAAUGCCACAGACGCACAAGAAAUUGCAUCUCCACCUCCAUCCACUGAAAGCUCUGAUCCAUGUGAAGAAAUUCUUUUCAACCCUAAUGUCUUCACCGAGUUUAAGUUGGCUGGAAAUGAGGAGGAGAUAGCAGAAGAUGAAGGAAAUGUGAGGAAAGCCAGUUUGUAUCUUACAGAUGUUGUGCUUCCAAAAUUUAUACAAGACCUCUGCACGCUUGAAGUAUCACCCAUGGACGGGCAGACGCUAACUGAAGCACUCCAUGCUCAUGGAAUUAAUGUUCGCUAUAUUGGAAAAGUGGCUGAGGGGACCAGACAUUUACCUCAUCUUUGGGAUCUUUGCUCCAAUGAGAUAGUGGUUAGAUCUGCUAAGCACAUUCUCAAGGAUGCCUUGAGAGAAACAAAUGAUCAUGAUAUUGGGCCCGCAAUCACCCAUUUCUUCAACUGUUUCUUUGGAAGCUGUCAAGCCGUUGGCUCAAAAGUUGCUGCUAAUAAUAUGCAGUCUAGAACGCCCAAAAAGGAACAAACAGGACAGCAAUCUCCAAGAAAAUCGUCUAAGGGACAAGGAAAAUUGAAGGAUGGAGUAUCUGCUAGAAAGAGUCGAUCCUCAUUUAUGCUUGCUAGCUCAGAAACUCUAUGGUCCGACAUUCAAGAAUUUGCAAAACUCAAAUAUCAGUUUGAGCUGCCGGAGGAUGCUAGGAUGCGUGUAAAGAAAGAUUCUGUUAUACGUAAUCUUUGCCAAAAGGUGGGCAUUACAAUAGCAGCUCGCAGAUAUGAUCUUAAUUCUGCAGCACCUUUCCAAAUGUCAGAUAUCUUAAAUCUUCAACCUGUAGUGAAACAUUCAGUUCCUGUCUGUUCAGAAGCUAAGGAUCUUGUGGAAACAGGAAAGAUCCAACUGGCCGAGGGAAUGUUAAGUGAAGCGUACACAUUAUUUACCGAGGCAUUUUCAAUACUUCAGCAGGUUACUGGUCCAAUGCAUAGGGAGGUUGCUAACUGCUGUCGGUAUCUUGCCAUGGUUCUGUAUCAUGCGGGAGACAUGGCUGGAGCCAUAAUGCAACAGCAUAAGGAACUAAUUAUAAAUGAACGCUGCCUUGGCCUAGACCACCCUGACACUGCUCACAGCUAUGGAAAUAUGGCUCUUUUCUACCAUGGACUUAACCAGACAGAACUUGCACUACGGCACAUGUCAAGGGCAUUGCUUCUGCUAAGUUUGUCAUCGGGCCCAGAUCACCCUGAUGUUGCUGCAACUUUCAUUAAUGUCGCUAUGAUGUACCAGGAUCUUGGGAAGAUGGACACUGCUCUUCGAUAUUUGCAAGAGGCUCUGAAAAAAAAUGAAAGGCUUCUAGGGGAGGAGCACAUCCAGACUGCUGUAUGCUAUCACGCGCUUGCUAUUGCAUUUAAUUGUAUGGGUGCCUUCAAGCUCUCUCACCAGCAUGAGAAGAAAACUUAUGACAUACUAGUCAAACAAUUGGGCGAGGAGGAUUCUAGAACACGUGACUCUCAAAACUGGAUGAAGACAUUUAAGAUGCGCGAGCUACAGAUGAAUGCACAAAAGCAAAAAGGUCAAGCUUUGAAUGCUGCUUCGGCUCAAAAGGCAAUUGACAUCUUGAAGGCAUUCCAAUCUGCUGCCGUAGCCGGUGGGUCUGGGAGCUCUAACCCUUCCGCCAACAAAUCUCUUAAUGCUGCAAUAAUUGGUGAAACCCUUCCACGAGGUCGGGGAGUUGAUGAGAGGGCUGCUCGUGCAGCAGCUGAAGUCAGGAAGAAGGCAGCAGCAAAGGGCCUCUUGAUACGCCCGCACGGUGUUCCCAUCCAAGCUGUGCCUCCACUUCCUCAGUUACUCGAUAUCAUCAAUUCAGGUGCAAUCCCACCGGUUGCAGUGGAAAAUGGAGAAACUGAUGGAGUGAAGGAAGCCAAUGGUCAUCCUGCAAAUGGCUCAACUGAUGUGAAACAGAGCAAUCAACAACGGAGCAGGAAGGUCAGCCUCCAGUUGGACUAGGGCAAAGGUUUAGCAACACUGGACGGCAAGAAACAGAAAUCGAAAACCAAAGCCGCAUCUUGAAAUAUUGUGCAUCAGAGUUUUGUUGAUCGACACCAAGGUCGGUUUUCUUUGUGAGGUUUUGGUCUUUUGAGGUAACAAUAUUUUCCAUCGGUUUUGAGGAUUAGAAACUAGUGCAUGGAAGUUGUGGAUUUUCCCUGUAAUUUUUUGGAAUAAUAACCGCGGGCUUGCAGAUUUAUUCAGGCAAAAAAAAAGAGCAACUACUGGAGCGAGUAGGUUCACUGUAAUUUGCCCUAACACUGACGGAUGGAAAAUUUCAGUUUGACAUUUUUUUACUUUCCGUUAUUUUAUAUUUAGUCAAGUUUAAAGUAUUAUUUGAACGGAGUUGCGACAUAAAUGUAUCAUUUCAAGGUAUUAUAUGUAAAACUGCCAUGAUUAUUUUCCUAAUUGAAGAAUUAAUCAGCCUUCCCUCGGUUA